UCUCCCAACCAUAUCUUUUCCUUCUUUAACAUACACAUCAUGUCCGCUAACGACUUCUACUCCUCCGGUGACAAUUCCAACUACAGACCACAAGAACAGCAGCAACAGCAGCAAGGUGAAAACGGUGAGAGAGGUUUCCUCUCCACCGUCGCCGGUGCCGCUGCUGGUGGCUACGGUGGCUCUAAGAUCUCCGGUCAGCACUCUACCUUAGGUGGCAUCGGUGGUGCUAUUGUCGGUGCCUUUGCUGCCAACAAGAUCGAAGAUGCCUACGAAGAUCACAACGAAAACAGACAGCACCAGGGUAAUCAGGGUGGUUAUGGCCAGCAGGGUAAUCAGGGUGGUUAUAGCCAGCAGGGUAAUCAGGGUGGCUAUGGCCAGCAGGGCUACGAAGGCCGUCGUGAAGAUCAUGAAGGUCGUCAUGAAGGUCGUCAUGAAGGCCGUCGUGAAGACCACGAAGGUCGUCGUGAAGGCCACGAAGGUGGCCGUGGUGGUUACGAAGGCCGUGGAGAAUAUGGCAAUGAAGGUCGCGGUGGUUACGAAGGUCGCGGUGGUUACGAAGGCCGUGGCGAAUUCAGCAACGAAGGUCGCGGUGGUUACGAAGGUCGUGGUGAAUACGGCAACGAAGGUCGCGGUGGUUACGAAGGUCGUGGUGAAUACGGCAACGAAGGUGGCCGUGACCAGGGUAGAUGGUAAUUCCACCUCUCCAUUCCUCAAGCUAACAACAGCUAGUCAGCUUCAAAUAUUCGCUUUACAUAGCUUAAUCUUUGACAUUGAUGGUCUGUAGAAUUGUACGGAGAUUGACUAUCAACACAGUUGGUUGGGUAGGGA